AUGACACGCAUCCUGAAGCUCGGCUGGCUCAGUCUCGCCAUCGCCUCUGUCGCAGCCUCUAGUGACGCGGCGCCGAGCCAGGAGACGACAAAAUGGAGCGCUUUCGAGCACGUCAACGAAGCUCAAUUCAGGAAGGCCAUCAAGGAGAACCCAUAUAGUCUUGUAGCUUUCACAACUCCUACCAACUUUGACAGCGAGGCCCUCGAGUGGGAAUGGCCCGCCAUCAAGGAGAAAGAACCCAACGUCCUCUCGGUCGACUGCGCCGCCGAGCCCGAACUCUGCCUCGAGCACGACGUGAGGGCGUACCCAGCUCUGCGCUUCUACCGCAGCGGCAGCCUCUACGCCCGUUACCGCGGGCCUCGCAAAGCCUCCUCUAUCCUGCCCUACAUGCAACGCAUCAUGCGCCCCGUCGUGGUUGGCCUCGAGGCCGCCAACCUGACGUCCUUCAAAGACUCGGACGACGUCGUCUUCAUCCUCCACCUGCGCGGCCAGGACGCCGGGCGCGGCCUCUACAAGCGCUUUCACGACCUCGCCGAAGAGUUCCACGACCGCUACACCUUUGCCAUUGCCAGCCGCGCCACCGACGGCUCGGCCGACGAGCUCGGCGAGGACGCGCCCAGCGUGCUGCGCUGCUUCAACCACCGCGACGGCCGCGAGGCCGAGCUCGACCACUUCUUCCAGGACGUCGGCUCGCUGCGGCGCUUCGUCGUCGGCUGCGGCGAGAGGCUCGUCAAGCAGCUCACGCGACUCAACGCCUGGGGGUUCACCGAGGGCACCGACCCCGUGCUCUACUACUUUGACGCCGACCCGGAGGCCCGCGCCCGCUUCGCCGACGACAUGUUGCCCGUGGCCAAGGAGCAUGCGGGCCGCGUCACGCUCGUGGCCGUCGAUCCCUUUGUAUUUCCCGAGGUUGUCAACCGCGUCGGGCUGCCGUGGGACUUUCCGUCCCUGGCGCUGCAGAACCCCGCCACCAAGACCAUGUCGCUGUUCAACAAGGCCGAGAUCAAUGCCGGCGUCGUGGGGCGGUUCAUUGCUGAUGUUUUGCAGCUGAAUCCGCCAGCGCCGCAAGUGGGCGCUGCUGAGGAGGCUGUCAAGGCCGUGCCUGAGGUGUCCGAGGUGCCCGAGGUACCUGAAGACGAGGGCGUUGUGCUGGAGGACAAGGACAAGGAGCAUGAUGAGCUGUGA